ACAGCCAUUGGCUCAGGCUCUGUCCUCUCAGGCAGUUUCGUUGGUAUAGGUUCCACUGUCAGUUCCGCCAUUCUGUCAAAAACAAAUCCAGCGACUGAGAGCGUCAUUCCAUGAAGACAGCCACAAGAUUCAAUGUUGGAAUUGUUUAGGAACUGUCACAGCACAUUGUGAUGUUGGCUGAGUUGGGAGACAGUUCUACCCCCAGUGUUCGCUUCGAAGGUGGUGCAGAGGAAAGGGACAAAUCUGCACUUGUCUCACUUCUGGAGCAGCUUACAACUUCCACCGCCUUGUAUCCCGUAUUUCCCGACACCUCCAAACUUCUGGUUGUUGUGAGCAUCCAGCGAUACCUGCGAGGCCCUGGGAAUGAGGAGAGAUCCCGAUCGGCUUCCAGUUACCUUUUUGACGUGACAGUGACUGAUGGGAUUGCUCACGUGAAGUGUCACUUGGCUCCUGCCCUGAAUUCCCUGGUUCACCGGAACUGUCUGAGAGCGGGCCGUGGAAUCCACAUCACCCGCUGCAACCUGGUGCAGGAUGAGAAAAGGCUGAACCGGUGCUUCCUGCAGAUUGAGGCACUGGAGCUGGCAGCUGCACAGUGCGAUCCCAGUUUGAGUAUCCCCUCUCUGAGCAUCGAGCCCCUCCGCAGCCUGACGACGUCCCAGAGGGGAAGGGAUCUUCUGAGGACUUUGCAGACAGAAACCCCCUUGAGAGUGGGACGGCUUCAUUAUUUACCCUUGUGGAAUAACAAUGACCCAUGUGGCAGAGAAUGGAUUGGCUCCAAGACUCCACCAUUUCUAAAUGUCCCACUUGAAGGCUUCGGACUCAUUUCCCUCCAAGACCUGUCAAUGACCUGGAGAACGAAUGUUGGAUUUCCACGUCUUCUGGUGCGAAUAAUGCACAAGUCCAGGCUACGCUAUUAUGGACGACCCCAAACAAAGGUGGACUUUCCAUAUCAGGCCUACUUUGAAGUAGCUGAUCAGUCGGGUAUGAUGCCUCUGGUUUUGUGGAACUCUCUGUGCCCUGAAUGGUACCAGUCCCUGCACGUUGGCACAGUUCUCCUGCUGCACCGGUACUCAGUUAAACACAGUUACCAGAUGAGAACCUGGGCCACUCCACGUGACCCACAGAUAAAGAGUCUUAGAACCAUAGAGAUCUGCCUGAAUCCGCGAGACCCUCGUGCUGAAAUCCAGAUCGUGCCACAUCAGCAAGUCAAAGCAGAGUGGAGGUUACCUGACAUUAAAUACAAUUUUAUCACGAGGCUGGAGCUGGAUCAGUUGCCUGAGGGUUUCACUUGCGAUAUUAUUGGACUUGUCACCUUUGUGGGGAGAUGUCAGCGAAUAAGAAGGGAAGACAGCAGUGAGGAUUUCUACUUGUACCGCUGGGUGCAUGCUGUAGAUGGUAGCACUGAGCAACCUUUUGUCCUGGAACUGUUUGCAACUUCACAGCCAGAAACCUUUCAACAGAUUCAUCCGAUGACUUACUUGGUGUGCACCCAGAUGAGGUUGGUUCGAGAAUUACGACCUGGUGGAGUGAUUACCACUGUUCCCUAUCUCACUACCUCCAAUGAAAGUCAGAUCUCUAUCUCAGGGCAUCACAAAGGCCAGCCAUACACAAAGGACCCCAAAGUCCAGGGCUUCAUCCGGUGGGUAAAAGGGCAGCACGAGAAGGAUGUGAUGAAGAGUUCUGUAAUUGGCGGUUACUAUUCCUUCCCUCCAGCCCCAAAGUUAUUUCAGGAAUACUGUAAAAAUUUGGAUGCUGAGGCUCUCUUGACCUCCACCAGUGAACUGAAGAAGGAGAUUGAAAGUCUGCACUAUAAAGAGCACAAGAGGUUUAUCCUUCAGGGAACCAUCGUUGCUGUUCAAUACAUCUGUCUCUCAGAUCCUGCUGUGAGACUGGGAGCAGUGCCCAUUCAGGAGGUUGAUGCUUUCGGGGCCUCGACUUCGCACCCAGUCAGAUGUCUGCACAGCCCAGAGAAAGACACAAGAGUCAUCCGGCAAACAGAGCAGCUUCGUGUAAAUCCAGUGAGGCAUCAUCAGAGACAGUCAACGGCAAUAUUUACCCGCUACUGGUUGAGAAAUAGGUAUCCACUUCGAGACUUGGAGAAGAGUUAUGAUAGCAAAUGCCAAGCCCACAAACCACUCAGGAAGAAGUUGUCAAAUCCACCAACAGACAUGCCAAAGCAGAAGAGGAAGGUGAUCCGACAGAGGGCCCUGUCAUCAAAGAGGCCAGCAACUGCACAAGAUGCUGAGGUCGCAGCCAGCACCAAAGGAUCCUCCCAAGCUGCAGAACAGUCUGUGCCACCCGACGAAGAUGAUGAUGGAAGGUGUGAUACAGGGAUUACAACUGAUGGCAACUCAAAAUAUACGUGGAGAAGCCCUACCUGGUCAGAGAUCAGAGAACACCUGUCAGAGCACUUACACUUUGGCCAGCUUCUUCCCGAGAGCAUUCCACGGAGGUUUGUCUACAAACACCGGGACUUCCUGAUGCAGCAGCAUAACCUUCAGGCUGCAGAGUGCAGUCCCGCUACAGCCGUCUCCAAUAUGGAGCUACAGAGCUUCGCAUCUGCCUGUUGCCAUGGCUAUUACACUGUGACGAUGGUUGGUGUCAACCACCAAGUAGCAGUUGAUGUUGUGUUUCUCCCAGUCAUGAUGAGUCAUAACAGUCAUCGCAUGUUGGGUCUAUCGAUGGAUGUUCAUGAUAACACUGUAGCCUCAGUGAUGACCAGUGGUUACAUUUGUGAUAAACAGACUGCAGAUAAUGACCGGCUGAAACAGAUAUCUUCCUAUCCAGAUCAGAUAAUAAAGACAGCAGCUGACCUGGACAAUACACGUGUCAUCUGUCUCCUUGAUGUGUGCCAUCAUGGUGAGGGCAAGUUUGAAGUGAUUCUACACAAAAUGUAUAGAAUGACUGAAUAAAAUCAUCUAAGACCAUUUUGAGGACUUCAUUUCAACAAUAUGCAUUCCCUUUCCUGGAUUCCAGAAACUGUAUUUACCUUUCCCGCAACUGCCUUAGAAUGACAACCUCAAGUUGAAGACUUCAUAAUAUUUUAUCAUAAAUAUUUUCUGUAGCAGUUUAUUUAAAUUAAACUUUCACCAAUGGGUGUGUACAUAUUCAAAUAAAUCUAUGGAUUAAAUCUGGUCUAGAGUUAACAA